AUGAAGCUUGUCAAGGAUGCUUUCAUCAUUAGGAAGCCAACCAAGAUUCAUUCUCGAUCUCGUGCUCGUCGAACGAAGGAGGCAAAGAUAAAGGGACAUCACUCUGGACAUAGGGUAAUGUCUUCUAAUUUUGGAAUGCAUAAAUCGUGUAAGCGCAAGGGUACUAGGGAGGCAAGGUUGCCAACUAAAGUACUUUGGAUGAGGAGAAUGAGGGUGCUCAGGCGCUUGCUUCGCAAAUACAGGGAGUCAAAGAACAAGGCUAGUAGGGAAAGAAAGAUAGCUAGGAGGGAGGAGCGUUUGGCUCAGGGGAGCCAAGAAGGCGAAGAAAUGAACUUUUUGACUCAGCUUUAA